AUGAGUAUCCCAUGGCACCCUAUAGAAUCGAGUGUGGCUCAUGCUGUUCGCCCACCCGCGUAUCCUUAUCACCUCAAAGUCGGAGCCUGUCUUACUCGUCCGGCUUAUAGGGAUGGGAAGAUAAAGCGUGCAGUUAAGUCAUUUACAAUUGCUGAUGAAUCGUGCUACCUCAUAUUAAAGGGAGUACCUUCGCUUGAUCUAGAAAAGGUGCUCAAAGAAAAGUUAAAGAAGUUCGGUGCUGUAGAUUCUAUCAGAGUACUUGACGACUAUCCUUAUACAGAAUCGUUUACACAAGUUUUCGUAGUAAAAAUGUCUUCAGUUCUUUCUGCAAGAAAUGCUAAGCGCUACUUAGAUGAAACGACUUUCUUUGGUGGCGUUAUUUAUAUUUGUUAUGCUCCAGAAUAUGAGUCAGUAGCAGAGUGCCGAAUCAAACUCCACAUGUGCCGUCGUCAAAAUGGAGAGCAUGACUUCAAAAAAUACAUCUCUGGUAGCUCACAACAACAAUUUCCAGCUGAAUUUAGCAUCACUAGUAUGGACUUGACCAAGGACCCAUCCACUCAUGAAAACCAGAUACUUCCUCCAGAAUUGCCGUGCACUUCACAUGCACUUGAUGCUCUUGAUGACUCUAGAGAAUACUGGAGGAGAUUAGGGGCCGAUUAUGUUAAGAAAUUGGAACCUUUAGCAGAAGGAAAAUCGAAAUCUUCUCCUUAUUACAGACCGGCUUCGAACCUCAUUAUUCCAGACUUGACUAAUGAUUCUUUCGGGAGUUGA